AUGACUCAUGUCACCAUGGAAGAAGUAUGGAAAGAGAUCAACCUUGCUUCGCUUCAGCAACAUCGCCAGCUAAACACUGAUCAUGAGCCAAUGUUGAGGAACCAAAACCCUAAUAACUCCAUGUUCCAAGAUUUCCUCAACGUGCCUCUGAAUCAACAACCACCACCUUCUACUUCUUCUUUUUCUCUCCCUCCCCCUGCAACUGUUCUCAGCUUGAACCCUCACUCCAUUAGCACACACUUUGAUGAAUCUGUGAGAUUUGGUUGUUUUGGGAAGAGAAGAAGCCAAGAUUCUGAUGAAAGCAGAGGAGAAAGAAGGCAUAAGCGUAUGAUCAAGAACAGAGAAUCUGCUGCUCGUUCCAGGGCUAGGAAACAGGAAUGUGCAUAUACAAACGAGCUGGAGCUUGAAAUUGUUCACUUGCAGAAGGAAAAUGCAAGACUCAAGAGACAAGAGGAGCAGUUGAAAAUGGCGGAAGCAACUCAACACCAAACAAAGAAAACACUUCAACGGUCUUGGACAGCUUCAUUUUGA